AUGUCGUCCGUCAAGAAGCCGGACUCGCCUGUUGCGGUCCCUCAUGGUCAGAACUCGACUCCAAUGCCACCCGAGAAACCUUCCAUGUCCGCUUCGCCACCUCGCAUACUGAUCAUCGGUGCUGGCUCCCGCGGCCAGGCCUACGCUCGCGCGACCGAGACCUCCAGUAACGGCGUCGUUGCCGCUGUGGCUGAACCCCUCGCCUACAAGCGGCAGACAUUCGGCAGAACCUACAUAUGGGGAUCCGACGCUCCGCAUGAAGGGCAGCAAUUCGCCGACUGGGCCGAGUUUGUCGCAUACGAGACACGCCGCCGCGAGAGAGAAGCUGCCGGCCAAGAUGUGCCGCCAGGUGUCGAUGCUGCUUUCAUCUGUGUUCUUGACGAAAUGCACCGCGAUGUUGUCGUUGGCCUUGCGCCCCUGGGUCUGCACAUUAUGUGUGAGAAACCCCUGGCCACGACCCUCGUCGACUGUCUCGACAUGUUCGACGCCCUCAAGCCACCUGCCGGCCAAGGUCCCAAAAACGUCUUCUCCAUCGGCCAUGUUCUCCGUUACAGUCCACACAAUAUGCUACUUCGCAAGCUUCUUCUCGAGGACCGUGUCAUUGGAGAUAUCAUCAACAUCGUGCACACCGAACCAGUGGGCUGGUGGCACUUCACACACUCAUACGUGCGCGGCAACUGGCGAAAUGAAAAGACGACGGCACCCAGUCUCUUGACCAAGAGCUGCCAUGACAUUGAUCUGCUGUUGUGGCUGCUCAGCGCUCCUGUCAAAGCUGGGCAAGGUAGUCCUCAUCUUCCGUCCACCGUAUCAUCAACUGGGUCCCUGCAGCUGUUCAAAAAAGGACGCAAGCCCGCCGCGGCAGGCAACGCAACCAAUUGCUUGACCUGUCCGCUCGGCGACGAGGGAUGCAAGUACUCGGCCAAGAGCGUCUACCUUGGCCCGGAUCUCAAAGGCCUCGGCUCUGGGAAUACUGAUUGGCCCGUCAGCAUCGUGCUUCCCGAGAUUGAAGAUUUCCCAACCGUAUCCGAAAGACACAAAGCCCUGGCUGCCAAGCUUGCCGAAGACUACGAUGAGACCACCCCCCAGGUCGCGGUGGCUUCGCGCAAUUGGUUCGGACGCUGCGUAUUCGACGCAGACAACAACGUCUGCGACGAACAGACUGUGACCAUCACUUGGGAUGAUGCUACAACGGCAGCCUCCGAAACACCCAAGCAGUCCAAAUCAGCCACACUCCACAUGGUCGCGCACACGAAGAAAAUAUGCGAGAGGUACACCCAUAUAUACGGCGUCGAUGGCGAGAUCCAUGCCGAUUCCCGUACUAUCACCAUCGAGGACUUCAACACAGGUGACACACGGUCAUACCACCCGACCAUUGAAGACGCCGGCCAUGGCGGUGGCGAUAAAGGUCUCGCGCGCCAGUUCAUCCUGGCGGUAGACCGAGUCAAGAACCACGGCUGGACUGCAGAGAGGUCUCAGAACGAGUUCAUCGGUUGCUCUCUCGAAGAGGUCAUUCGUUCGCAUGCCAUGGUUUUUGCGGCCGAAGAGGCCAGGACGAGGAAGAGGGUUGUCGACUGGGGAGAAUGGUGGUCGAGGGAGGUUGUUAACACAGAAAGCGGAUGA